AUGGGCUAUCUACCCCAACAUUCGCUCGACAAUCUCAAGAAGUAUGCCUACAAGGGCGUCGACAAGUCGCUGUUCUCGCGAUAUGUCCUGAACCCGUUCUGGACGUGGUUCGUGACCCUGUGGCCGCUAUCGGUGGCGCCGAACACGACAUUAGACGCAAUCGACGGGAAGCAGGCUCGGAGAACGGGGAUGGCGGGGCCGCUUGGGGAGAUGUUCGACCAUGGCUGCGAUGCGCUAAACACAACGCUCGAAGUCAUCCUCGCGUCUCGUGCUCUAGGGCUUGGGCGAUCCUGGUGGACGGUUUCCUCGCAAAUCGCGACUCUGGCCAAUUUUUAUUUGACGACGUGGGAGGAGUACCAUACCGGUCAACUAUUCCUCGGAUACUUUUCUGGCCCUGUCGAGGGUAUAAUUAUGAUAGUCACGAUUUACAUGAUUAGCGGCUACUAUGGCCCACAAUUUUGGGAGCAAGGCAUCUGGUCCUUCACGCACCUCAAGCACCUCCCUCUCAUGUCCAAACUCCCGGACCUACCUCUUAACGAAUCCUUCAUGGUCUUCGGCGCCUUCGGGCUAGGCUUCAACAUCCUCCACUCUUAUCUCAACGUGUACGCCGCUCAACGCAAAGGCUCUGGCGGGCACCAACCCGCUUCCAGAACACCGCCACUCCUCCUACUCCUCCCAUUCGUCGCCAGCGCGCUAAUCCAAAUCGCCUGGCUCUCCCACCCACGGUACAACGACUCCUGGAUCCUCGGCUCCGCAGCAUUCGUGCCCUUCCUCUGCGCCUGGGGCCUACAAUUCGCACACCAAGUCGGGCGGAUGAUCCUCGCGCACGUCACCAAGGACAAGUUCCCCAUAUUCGACUGGGUCUGGGCAUGGAGCGCCCUCGGCGCCAUUGACGCGAACCUGCCGAGGGUGUUUGGGAUAAGCCCACUCAUACAGACCACGCCCAGGAGGACGACGCUGUUCGUUUGGCUGACGCUUGUAGUGUCGGCGGUUGUGUAUGCGCGGUUCGUGGUUCUUGUGAUCAGGGAUAUUACGAACUUUUUGGGGAUUGCGUGCUUUACGGUGAGGAAGAAGGAUGGAAAGGGGCAGUGGCAUGACGCGAGACCGGAUAAGGUGCAUUAG